AUGUUGCUGCGGCGAUGUUUCGGGAAUGUGUUCAGCCUGCAGCUGGCCUGGACGCCCACAGUCGUGCUCAACGGGCUGGCGGCCAUGCGCCAGGCGCUGGUGGACCGCAGCGACGACACCUCCGACUGCCCACCUGUGCCCAUCUUCGAGCACCUGGGCUUUGGGCCCCACGCGGAAGGCAAGCAGAGGGGGGGAGGACCGCGGCCCCACGGGGACUGGGCCCACAGUGACCUGAGACCCGGAAGGCGGCGCUUCUGCGUGUCCACCCUGCGCAACUUCGGCCUGGGCAAGAAGUCACUGGAGCAGUGGGUGACCGAGGAGGCCUCGUGCCUCUGCGCCGCCUUCGCAGACCAGGCCGGACGCCCCUUUAGCCCCAACGCCCUCCUGAAUAAAGCGGUGGGCAACGUGAUCGCCUCCCUGACCUUCGGGCACCGCUUCGAGUACAACGACCUGCGUUUCAUCAAGCUAUUGGACCUCGCGGAAGAAGGACUGAAGGAAAAUUCUGGCUUCGUGCCCGAGGUGCUGAACGCCAUCCCCGUACUCCUGCACAUCCCGCGGCUGGUCGCCAAGGUCUUUCCUAAGCAGAGGGCCUUCAUGACGCUGAUUGAUGAGCUGAUUGCUGAGCACAGGAUGACCCAGAACCCGGCCCAGCCUCCCCGAGACCUGACUGAUGCCUUCCUGGAUGAGGUGGAGAAGGCCAAGGGGAACCCCGAGAGCAGCUUCAAUGACGAGAACCUGCGCCUGGUGGUGGCUGAUCUGUUCCUUGCUGGGAUGGUGACCACCUCGACCACGCUGGCCUGGGCCCUCCUGCUCAUGAUCCUGCACCCGGAUGUGCAGUGCCGUGUCCAACAGGAGAUCGAUGAGGUGAUAGGGCAGGCGCGGCGACCAGAGAUGGGGGACCAGGCCCACAUGCCCUUCACCAUGGCCGUGGUCCAUGAGGUGCAGCGCUUUGGGGACAUCAUCCCACUGGGCUUGCCCCACAUGACAUCCUGUGACAUUGAAGUGCCGGGCUUCCUCAUCCCCAAGGGGACGAUGCUCAUCACCAACCUGUCAUCGGUGCUGAAGGACGAGACCGUCUGGAAGAAGCCCUUCCGCUUCCACCCCGAGCACUUCCUGGACGCCCAGGGCCGCUUCAUCAAGCAGGAGGCCUUCAUGCCCUUCUCAGCAGGCCGCCGCUUGUGCCUCGGGGAGCCCCUGGCCCGCAUGGAGCUCUUCCUCUUCUUCACCUGCCUCCUGCAGCGCUUCAGCUUCUCGGUGCCCGCUGGGCAGCCCCGCCCCAGCGACCACGGUGUCUCUGGUGUACAGGUGUCCCCGUCCCCAUACCAGCUGUGUGCUGUGCCCCGCUAGAGGGGGUCACCAAGCCCCCAACCUGCU